GCAUCGCCGUCGUAUUAUUCCGUCAACACUAUAAAGACCCACUUUUUUUCCCAGUUGAGCUAAUUUUUUUUGUCUAUCUCUCAAAAUCUAAAAGUCUUUGUUUUAGGGUUCUUUUAUUUUAAAAACAAACAGUAACAUGAUAAACUCAAAUCAUUGAUACAAUCUCUGGAAUGGAUUUGACUAUCGCUUAAAUAAAGUUUUGAUCUUUGCGUUUUCGUUUCUAAACAGAGAAUUUUAGGGAUUGUAUAUAUUAAGAGGUGAUAAUGAUACCGGAACUGGGGAGAAGACCGAUGCAUAGAGGUAACGAUGAUUUAUCUUUUGGGGAGGAUUAUGAGAAAGAGAUUGGUGUAUUGCUUGGUGAGCAGCAGCGAAGGCAAGAAGAAGCUGAUGAGAUUGAGAGAGAGCUUAACUUGUAUAGAAGUGGCUCUGCUCCACCGACUGUAGAUGGUUCUGUUAGUGCGGCUGGAGGGCUUUUUAGCGGCGGCGGUGGAGGUGGGGCUCCUUUUUUGGAGUUUGGUGGAGGCAAUAAGGGUAAUGGGUUUGGUUGUGAUGAUGAGGAGUUUAGGAAAGAUCCGGCUUACUUGUCUUAUUACUAUACUAAUAUGAAGUUGAAUCCGAGGUUGCCACCGCCUUUGAUGUCUAGGGAGGAUUUGAGGGUUGCUCAGAGGCUUAAAGGGAGUAGCAACGUCAUAGGUGGUGUUGGGGAUAGGAGAAAAGUGAAUGAUAGUCGAUCUUUGUUCUCUAACCCACCUGGUUUUGAUCAGAUGAAGCAGCGUGAGUUUGAGCCUGAGAAAACUAGUGCUUCCUCUUCUGAGUGGGAUGUUAAUGGAUUGAUUGGUUUGCCUGGUUUGGGGCUUGGAGGCAAGCAGAAGAGUUUUGCUGAUAUCUUUCAGCCUGAUAUGGGGCAACAGCCUUCACGUCCUGCUAGUCGUAAUGCCUUUGAUGAAAAUGUGGACUCCACGAAUAAUCAGUCUCCAUCUGCUUCACAAGGCAUUGGUGCGCCAUCUCCAUACAGUUAUGCAGCUGUUCUUGGUUCUUCUUUGUCUAGAAAUGGAACUCCAGAUCCACAGGCCGUUGCUAGGGUGCCUAGUCCUUGUCUCACUCCUAUUGGGAGUGGAAGAGCGAGUUCAAAUGAUAAGAGGAACACAAGUAACAAAAGCCCGUUCAACGGUGUUACAUCUGGUCUCGACGAGUCUUCUGAUCUCGUUAAUGCGUUAUCUGGAAUGAACCUGUCAGGCAGUGGUGGGUUAGAUGAUCGUGGUCAGGCUGAGGAGGACGUUGAAAAGGUCAGGAACUAUAUGUUUGGAUUUCAAGGUGGGCCUAACGAAGUCAAUCAACACGGGUUCCCAAACAAAUUUGAUCAACCCCUUAAGGCAACUGGUUCUUUGAGGAAUUUACAAAUGAGAGGGUCACAAGGAUCUGCCUAUAAUGGAGGAGCUGGACUAGCUAAUCCCUACCAGCAUCUUGAUAGCCCAAACUAUUGUCUGAACAAUUACGCAUUAAAUCCAGCUGUAGCUUCUAUGAUGGCUAACCAACUUGGGAAUGGGAAUGGCAAUGGGAAUAGUAACUUUUCCCCAAUGUAUGAUAAUUAUUCUGCGUUGGGAUUUUCUGGAAUGGACUCCAGACUUCAUGGGGGAGGUUUUGAGUCACGUAAUCUUGGCAGGGUAAGUAAUAGAAUGAUGGGAGGAGGUACUGGCCUUCAAUCACAUAUGGCAGAUCCAAUGUAUCAUCAGUACGGGAGGUACUCUGAGAAUGUUGAUUCGCUUGAUCUUCUUAAUGAUCCUGCAAUGGACAGGAACUUUAUGGGUAAUUCAUACAUGAAUAUGCUUGAACUUCAGAGGGCUUAUCUUGGAGCUCAGAAAUCGCAGUAUGGUGUUCCUUACAAAUCCGGGAGCCCUAACAGCCAUAGCUAUUAUGGGAGUCCAACAUUUGGGUCUAACAUGUCAUAUCCUGGUAGCCCAUUGGCUCAUCAUGCUAUGCCAAAUUCUCUUUUGUCACCUUGUAGCCCUAUGAGACGAGGUGAAGUUAAUAUGCGAUAUCCAUCUGCAACAAGAAACUAUUCAGGAGGGGUAAUGGGUUCUUGGCACAUGGAUGCUAGUUUGGAUGAAGGCUUUGGAUCUUCAUUGCUUGAAGAGUUUAAAAGUAACAAAACAAGAGGGUUUGAACUUUCUGAAAUAGCUGGGCAUGUUGUGGAGUUCAGUGCGGAUCAAUAUGGGAGCCGGUUUAUUCAGCAGAAACUUGAGACAGCAACAACUGAUGAGAAAAAUAUGGUUUAUGAGGAGAUCAUGCCACAAGCUCUUGCCCUGAUGACUGACGUUUUCGGAAACUAUGUGAUUCAGAAGUUCUUUGAGCAUGGACUCUCGCCACAGAGAAGAGAAUUGGCAGAUAAACUCUUUGACAAUGUUUUGCCUCUUAGCUUACAGAUGUAUGGCUGUCGUGUUAUUCAGAAGGCAAUUGAGGUGGUUGAUCUAGACCAGAAAAUUAAAAUGGUGAAAGAACUGGAUGGACAUGUGAUGCGAUGCGUACGCGACCAGAAUGGUAACCAUGUGGUUCAAAAGUGCAUUGAAUGUGUCCCUGAAGAAAACAUCGAAUUCAUUAUUUCGACUUUCUUUGGCCAUGUUGUGACCCUCUCUACUCACCCAUAUGGGUGUCGCGUUAUCCAGAGGGUAUUGGAGCACUGCCAUGACCCUGAUACACAGAGUAAGGUUAUGGAAGAGAUCCUGUCUACUGUUAGUAUGCUGGCCCAAGAUCAGUAUGGAAACUAUGUUGUUCAGCAUGUAUUGGAGCACGGAAAGCCUAAUGAGCGCACUGUGAUAAUCAAAGAAUUAGCGGGUAAGAUUGUUCAGAUGAGCCAGCAGAAGUUUGCGUCGAAUGUUGUUGAGAAAUGUUUGACUUUUGGAGGUCCUGAGGAACGGGAAUUGCUAGUGAAUGAGAUGCUGGGCACAACUGAUGAAAACGAGCCUCUUCAGGCGAUGAUGAAAGAUCAGUUUGCAAACUAUGUAGUGCAGAAAGUUUUGGAGACUUGCGAUGACCAACAGCGUGAGCUGAUACUUACUCGUAUCAAAGUUCAUCUUAAUGCUUUAAAGAAGUACACUUAUGGAAAGCAUGUCGUUGCACGUAUUGAAAAACUCGUUGCUGCUGGAGAGAGAAGAAUGGCUUUGCAGUCUCUAACCCAGCCUCAGAUGUCGUAAGUGCUGUACAGCUUAACUAGGGUGCAUGGCUCUGCCAUAGCGUUUUGAGAAUUAGGUAAGAUCUAAACCGGAAAUAAUCUGCAGGAAAAUUGUGAAGGAGAGCUUUGUUUUUUUCUCUGCAAAAUCUGUAAAAUUGUGUAGUUGCUUACGGUUUUCUAUACAUAGAACCAAACAUCCCUCUUUAGGCUGAUGCGUGAGCAGAGAAUGUUGUAAAGAUGGGUUGAGAAAUGGUGAGGAUUUUAGGGUUUCCUUCACACAAGAGAAUGGCUGUUUCAUUGCCAAAUGUGUAGAAGUGAGAUUAUGUUCAUGCUUUUAGGACAAUCCCAGUUUUUAGAGUUUCUUUUUUUUAUCCAUCUAUGUAAUUUUUGUUUCAUCAAACUCUUGUUUCCUAUUUCACGAUGAACUCUUUCGUU